UCUAAGAGACACUGGUAGAAUAUCAGGAAGCUACGACAUGAACACAUCUCAGACUGAAGUUAGACUGGAGUGAACUGAACAAACAGUGAGCAUGGACAAACCAGUGUGCUUGAUUGACACGGCGUCCGAUGGGAAGCUGUGUGUCCAGCAGUCAGCGCUGCAGGUUCUGGAGCAGAUCCAGCAGCCCGUGGUGGUGGUGGCCGUGGUGGGUCUCUACCGCACCGGGAAGUCCUACCUGAUGAAUCGACUGGCAGGGAAGCAAACAGGGUUUGCACUGGGCAGCACAAUCGAGUCCAAGACGAAGGGCAUCUGGAUGUGGUGCGUGCCUCACCCCACUAAACCAGGAACCACUCUGGUGCUGCUGGACACCGAGGGACUCGGGGACGUGGACAAGGGGGACCCGAAGCAUGACACAAACAUCUUCUGUCUGGCUGUGUUACUGAGCAGCACUCUGGUCUACAACAGUCGAGGGACGAUCGACAACAGGGCUAUAGAGGAGCUGCAAUAUGUUACUGAACUAACAGAGUGCAUCAAGGUCAAAUCACCAGACGAGGAUGCUGAUGAUUCAAAUGAGUUUGUGAAGUUCUUCCCUAGUUUCAUCUGGGCAGUGAGGGACUUUACCCUGGAGCGAAAGAUUGAUGGCAAAGAUGCAACAGAGAAUGAUUAUCUAGAGUUUGCUCUGAAGCUGAAACAUGGAGCAGCAAGAAAAGUGAUGGAGUACAACCUUCCCAGGGAGUGCAUCCAAAAAUUCUUCCCCUCCAGGACGUGCUUCACGUUCCCGUUUCCAACCGCCCCAGAGAACGUGUCUCGUCUGGAGAGAUUGGAUCCUGCUGACCUAUCCACUGAGUUCCUGGUGGUUACAGCACGUUUCUGCAAGUUUGUCUUUGACAAGAGUGAAGUGAAGAAGCUGAAAGAUGGAUAUACAGUCACUGGCAGAGUUCUGGGUCAUCUAGCAAAAACAUACGUAGACACCAUCGCCAGUGGAGCUGUGCCGUGUCUGGAGAAUGCUGUGAUCGCCAUGGCACUGAUUGAGAAUCAAGCUGCGGUGAAGGAGGGGCUUGAGGUGUACCAGAGUGGAAUGGAGAAGCUGAAGAAGUCCUUCCCUCUGGAACUGAAGGUUGUGUCCUCAGAACACCAACGUCUCAGCGGCAUGGCAACACAGACCUUCAUGACUCGAUCUUUCAGGGACACUGACGGGAAGCACCUGAAAUCUCUAGAGGAAAAAGUUAAUGAACUCUUUGAUGGAUACCUGUGCCAAAAUGAGCAAGCUUCAAAGAAAAGAUGCGAGGAUCUCUUGUCAUUCCUCUCAGCAACAAUGAAUGAAAACCUCAAACAGGGCAUCUAUGCUAAAUCUGGUGGCUAUGAUCUCUUCUGCAAGGAUCUGGAGGACAUUGUGAAGAAAUACAACAGCCAGACCAAUAAAGAAGUCAAGGCUGAAGCGGUCCUUAAGGUGUUUCUGAAGCAGAAGUCUGUGGAUUCUAAAGCUAUUCUGCAGGCCGACAAAAAACUGACUGAGAAGGAAAAAAAGAUUAAAGAGGAAACAGAGAAAGCCAUACUCCUGGAGCAGGAAAUCAAAGCUAAAGAGGAGCAGCAGCGACAGUUACUAGAGAGAAUGGAAGCAGAAAAACAGAGUAAUGAAGAGAGGAUGAGACAGAUGAAGGAGAAGAUGGAUGAGGAGAUGAGGCUUCAGAGAGAGGAGGCCGAGCGUGCCAUGGACAGCAAACUGAGGGAGCAGGCCGCUCUGCUGGAGAAGGGCUUUAAGGAGAAGGCUGACAGGAUGAGCCAGGAGAUGGAAGAGUUCAAGAGACAGAACGCUGAAGCUGAGAGUAAUAGAGCUCGAGAGUUUGCAGAGCUGUUGGAGAACUCCAACAAGAGACAUGAGGAGUCUAUGGCUAUGAUGAUGCAGCAGCACAGAGAACAGAUGAAUGCUUUACAGAAGCAGAUGAGUGCGCGCCCUCCGGGUGGAUGCUGCAUCUUGUGAAAUGCAUUAACUCUGUAAAAUGAUUCUGUACCUCUACAUAUAACAGCAUUGAAAGUAUUGUUCAUGUUUCCUAUUUAAUAUUGUAAAGCUGUAUUGUGUAAGGAUCCACUCAGAUUGGGCAAAUCCAAUUGGCAGGGAAAAGUAUAAUGCAUGUAGGUCUUUUACUUGCCAUUCUGCAAAGUUCAUUUAAUUUAUCAGUUCGAUUUUAGUCUAGCUCCAUGUUCAAUUGGACUCCAAAUUCAAGUGAUCAUUAAAUUUAGGCAAUAUUUCUAAUUUUAAAAAACUGAUCACAAAUAUUGAUUGUUUAUUAAUUUAGAUAUUUGAUUUAUUCUGGAAAUCUAAUACUUUAAAUUAUUCCUUCAUUGAUGACCCAGUGUCACUUAGAAAUUCACUUGACCAAUGGUGAAACGCACCAGUUCUGGUCUUACACUGCAAAAAACUGAAUCUUGACAAGUCAAAAAAUCUUGAAAUUAGGCAAUAAAUCUUUUUUUUUUUCUUUCAAGACAAAUGAACUAGCCUAGAAUAUAAAGUAAAUGAAUAUUUUGCUUGUUUAGAGAAAAUACGACUUGAAUUUUCUUGCUUAGAAAAAUGCUAAUUCAAAUGAUUUUUUUCAAUUAAUUAAUCAACUUUUUAAAGUGAACAUUGUUUAACACAUUACUUCCUGAAACAAGAAAUUUCAAGUCAUAUAUCCUUAUUUUAAGAACACCAUGUUUAAUUAAAAAAAUGAUAAUUAAUUUUUUUUUAAAUAAAGUAAUUUUUCUUUUACAUCACUUAACUUUUGAACUAAAUGAGAACAAGAACUGCAGAUCAGAAAAGUAUAACAUUUUAUUUGAUACUGACAAAGUCAAUUUUUAUUGAGAUAACUUCUUGUACACCAAACAGUAUCCAGUAUAAAUCUCCAAAAUUUAAUGCGUAGGGUUUUUUUUCUUCUUUUGUUUGUUUGUUUUGUUGGUUUGUAUACAUAAAAUUAAAUUUGAGUUUGGAUCCUUAAAAUAAAAAAGAUUCUAUUAGAUCCAUGCAGUCAUUUAGUAAAAUGGGAAUUACAAUGUAAAAUAAAUAAAACAAGAUGCCAAUAAACUGCA